AUGGUUCUCUACCAUAAUAUAUAAACACAAACAACUCAUCCUCCAACCCAUUCUCUAUUUUAUAAAUAAUCCAUUGAAAUUCAUAGCUUGAAACAAAGGGUGUUGUUAAUUUGUGAGACUCAUUUUGAGACUCCAAAACACAAUAAUGGGUAAUAGCUUAAGGUGUUGUUUGGCUUGUGUUCUUCCAUGUGGAGCAUUAGAUUUGAUCCGUAUAGUUCAUUUAAAUGGCUAUGUAGAAGAGAUUACACGUCCAAUUACAGCUGGGGAAGUUCUUAAAGCCAAUCCAAAUCAUGUUCUAAGUACACCAAGCUCCGAAGGAGUUGUUCGCCGGAUAUUGAUCCUUUCGCCGGAGACCGAGCUCAAGAGAGGAAGCAUAUACUUUUUGAUCCCAACCACGUCGUUGCCGGAGAAACAAAAGAGAGUUAGAGGAAGCGUUGCCGGAAAAGAUCUCAAAAGUAAGAAAGUGGUAUCCUCUACCAGAAAUAAAAAGUGCGACGAUAAUAAUAAUAUACUAUCGUCCCAAAAAAAUUGUGAGUUUAAGGAGAUAAAAAACUCAAGAAAAUAUUGCCGCCACAACCGUAGUGGGGUGUGGCAGCCUCAUUUAGAAAGCAUCUCCGAAGAUUUGUUUUAGUUUUGGGUUUGUGUUGGAAUCUUAUAUGAGGAGGGAUGGAACCAAAAAUGGUUCAAUACUUGAAUUAUUAAAAAAUAUAGCAAAAUUGCUCCCUUUUCUCUUUUUUUUUUUCUUUUUCUUUCUUUGGAAAUUAUACGUGAGUAUUAAUUUUGUGGAUAAAAAUAUUACCUUGCUUCUUGUUUGAUCUUUUUAUUUUUGUUUUUGAGCUUGAAUAUAUACCAAAUUCUUAUAUGUUAAUUUGGUUCUUAAAAAUUUAAGAAUAUAUUAAAGAAAGAAAUAAUCGAGAGUGUGGAGAAUUGAAGAAUUCAAGUUUCUAUGUAUGUUUCCUAUAUAUUAAAGCAUAAAAAGUAUAUUGUCUUUUUGUU